GGACUGUUGAUGAUGAAGCACUCCCAGGAAGUGUGUUGUGCUGCAAACAAAAAGUAACGCUUAAGUGGCCAAAUAUCUUCGUAGAUAUAUUAUCCCCUGGUAUUUUUCUAAUAUUGCAUGCAAGUGCAAAGUGCACAUAAAAAAUAACGAUUGUAAAAGAUGUUUGCUGGGUUACCCGAACUUGGAAUCUCCAACGGAGAGGAUCUAAAAGAAACUCUGACUAACUGUACAGAACCUCUGAAAGCCAUCGACCAGUUCCAGACCGAGAAUGGCAUCUUGCUGCCAACAUUACAGUCAGCACUUCCUUUCUUGGAUCUUCACGGCACGCCACGCCUGGAGUUUCAUCAAUCAGUUUUCGACGAACUUCGGGACAAACUGAUGGAGCGGGUCGCCACUAUAGCCGAAGGGAAGGAAGAAGACCGAUAUGGCAAGCUUGAGGAGCUGCUGGAGAAGAGCUUUCCUCUGGUCAAGAUGCCGUCUAUCCAGCCAGUGGUCAUGCAGGUGUUGAAACACCUGCCUAAGGUGCCAGAGAAGAAGCUGAAGCAGGUGAUGGCAGAUAAGGAGCUGUAUAAGGUGUGUGCGGUGGAGGUGAAGAGGCAGAUCUGGCAGGAUAACCAGGCUCUUUUUGGGGAUGAGGUGUCACCGCUGCUGAAGCAGUACAUUGUGGAAAAGGAGGCAGCACUCUUCAGCAACGACCUCUCUGUCCUGCACAACUUCUUCAGCCCCUCGCCGAAGACACGCCGACAGGGAGAGGUGGUUCUGAAGCUGACGCAGAUGAUCGGGAAGAACGUGAAGCUGUACGACAUGGUGCUGCAGUUCCUGCGGACGCUUUUCCUGCGCACGCGCAACGUCCACUACUGCACCCUGCGGGCCGAGCUGCUCAUGUCCCUCCACGACCUGGACAUCAGCGAGAUCUGCUCCGUCGACCCCUGCCACAAAUUCACCUGGUGCCUGGACGCCUGUAUCCGGGAGAAGUUUGUGGAUGCCAAGCGAGCCAGAGAGCUGCAGGGCUUCCUGGACGGAGUAAAGAAAGGACAGGACCGAGUGCUGGGGGACCUGUCUAUGAUCCUCUGUGACCCUUUUGCAAGUAACACCCUGGUUCUGAGCACAGUGAGAAACCUGCAGGAGCUGCUGGGACAGGACGCGCUGCCCAGGGACAGCCCGGAUCUGUUACUGCUGCUGAGGAUGCUCUCCCUCGGCCAGGGAGCCUGGGACAUGAUCGACAGCCAGGUCUUCAAGGAGCCAAGACUAGAGCUGGAGGUGGUGACCCGCUUUCUGCCAGCCAUGUUGUCAGUGGUGGUGGACGACUACACCUUCACUGUGGAGCAGAAACUGCCCAGCGAAGAGAAGACUUCGCUGACCUACCCCACCACCCUGCCUGACGCCUUCAUCAAGUUCCUGCAGGAGAACAGGGUGGCCUGCGAGAUGGGACUGUACUAUGUGCUCCACAUCGCUAAGCUGAGGAACAAAAACGCCCUGCAGAGACUGCUGCCAGCCCUGGUGGAGACCCACAACGACAUGGCGUUUGGGGACAUCUUCCUCCACCUACUGAUGGGCCAGCUCACCCUACUGUCAGACGAGUUUGGGACGGAGGAGUUCUGUGCCGCCGUUUUCGAUGGUUUUCUCCUCACCUCCUUCUCCAGUAAGGAGAAUGUACACAGGCACACGCUGCGCUUGUUGCUGCAUCUCCACCACAAAAUUCUGCCAUCUCGCCUGGAGGCCCUGAUGAAGACACUGGAGCCCCCAAAACAGAGCAGUGAUCCGGUGAAGGACCUGUACACCCAGCUGACCGAGAAGCUGGAGGCCCAAAAGAAGAGUCCGCCACAGCCUGCCGAAACCCCCUCCCUGGACCUGGGUCUUCACCCCGUGACUGUUCCCACCACAGCCUCAGCUCCCACUACCCCAAUUUGAGAGAGUGGGGGAGGCUGCGCCCCCUAUUGCCCUGUGGCUAAUGAACAGUCCUGUCUGUGAAUGACAGUCCACACAACUACUCUGCCCACCAUUGGCUGGAGCAAAGACUUGACUUAAUAUGAGUUUAGUUCAAUACAGUACACACACGCACACAAAAGGAUGUUUCUUUCAAACAGUCGUGGGUGUUUUAGUGGUCACAACUUUGUGUUUUUCUAUAUUUUGUAUAUAUUUAAAAGUGGCAUUUCAAAGAUUUUUCCAGCUAUAACAACGUACAUCUGAGACAGACAUUUUCAGUGUGUAUAUUUUUUUCAUGGAAAAAUACAGUCUUGCUUUAUUGUUGUAUGACUUUAAAAUAUAUUUUCAUAUAUGCCUGGACUGAAUGUUUGUACUGUGGUGGGAAUCGUGUCUGUGGUUUAACAUGCUUUAAAUAAAAUGAUUUAGAAAUGUA